CUCACAGGUUCUGUAGUAGUGAAGUCCAAAAAGACUCCAGAACCGUAAACUCUGAGGAACUCCAGGCCAAAAUAGGCUAAGCAACAUGUUUAUAUUACAUUUGUGUCUUCUGAAAAAACAUUCCUAAAAACCUAGGAACACUUAUCCGACAUAUAGGCUCGAAUGUGGCGGAAGAUUAUUUUCACCCACAAAACACCCACCAUAAUACUGUAGAUUUGUUUUUUAAUAUUAGGCAUUGUUAUUAGCAAAAUAAUAGCUUCUUAUUGAAAUUCGCUAUUAUCGUGUAAGGAAAUGGUGUUAAUAGUUUUUGUUACUUUUAGUUUUCCUUGCCUUCUCGUGUACAUAAUGCAGAUAUAGGUUAUAUAUUAAUAUAAAUAAGCUGAUGACUUAGUCAAUGGAUUAUCUAAUGUCCUUCUAAUAUUUAGUACAACUUUUAUUAGAGUAAGCGUGAACAGAACUAAAAUUCCAUAGAGUUAGAACAUGAACUAGGAUAAGGUCGCUAAUCUGAAUCUGCUAGUAAUGAAAGAAUAAGCUGAUGAAACUACAGAAACUGGCUCUUUCAAUAGCUUUUAGUGGUUCAACUCAUCUGUUCAACCAGGAGAAAUUAUCUUUUUCAAAAAGUUGUUUAAAGUAGUUAUUUGUAUAAAAAAACGGCAUUUCUUUUGCGAAAAAAGGGAAUUAUAUUCAAACAGAGAUUACCCUAAGUGAACUAUGUAUAAUAGCGUGGCAGCCCUAUCAAGCUUGCGCCAAGUGAAAUGGGUGCGCUUGAUUCCUAGAACUAGUCAAGUGUACAUGCGUAUCCUCAUGAAAAUAAACCAUCGGUCAGAUGUUAAACCCAUGUGCUUUCUGUUUAUGGUGCGAUAGGUUUUUCUAUCAUCAAAUUUUUUGUGGUUGUUUCUUAUGGCAGAACUCUUUCUUAGAUGGCAAAGUGUUUCAGGCGACUAGGACAUAAGCGUGUGUGAAACUAUUGUGAUUAAUUUUUACGUAAACGCGUAACCAUAGAGAUGCAAUGAUCAGAGGAACAAAUGUUUGGAUAAAAUCAGUUUGUUUGAUGCUAGACGUUGUUUGAACAGUUUGGUUCAUGACUAAUGAGUUGAUUAGAACAUUGAUCACAUUCUGUAGUCUCAGUUCGUUUUCUAACAAGGUCAAACAGAAAUUAUGAAACGACCCAUUGUUUAGCGUGAGUUCACAUAAAGCACUGAACCUCCUGAUAAAUUCAUCUGUGAACCGAGUAAGGUUGGAACAAUAAAUUAUUUAUUGUCUCUUGAGAUAAUGAAAUACAAACCAACAUCCCUCCAAAUAGUUUAUCCUAAUAACAUUGAUUCUAAAAACACUCCUAUAAGUAGUUCAUCAUAAUGGGCGAGUUGAUCCGAUUGAAAUUAUAGAUGAACCACGAAUAGAGUGCGACGAGCAUGGCGGCAGUAAUAUCUUCGUCAGCGUUCGAAACGCCGAAUCAGGGAGUACUUGUGCCCGUCACUCAGCCACGUGUAGUGUCCAAAGGGACUCCGAAAAUCAUUGCGCAUCGUCCGAUAGGCGCUAACCACAUCCCUGAUGAGAUAUUACUGUGUCCUAAACUUCAAGCGGCAAUCUCUGUUUUACCGAAGAACUACAACUUUGAAAUACAUAAGACAGUACACAGAAUUCGACAGCUGCACGCAGGGCUUGGGGGCGCGCGCUCUGUGCAGGUCGCUUUGCAGAUGCCCGAAGGGCUGCUGCUAUUCGCUCUCACAAUUGCCGACAUAUUAGAAGAGUUUAGUGAAUGUCAAACAAUUGUGUUUGGUGAUGUCACCUACGGGGCGUGUUGUAUUGAUGACCUCGGAGCAAAAGCUCUCUGUGUAGACCUUCUUGUUCACUAUGGCCAUUCGUGCCUGAUUCCUAUAGAGCGAAACGACUCUUUGAAAGUUCUUUAUGUCUUCGUUGAUAUCAAGAUCGACAUACAUCACUUGAAGGAAACCGUCAAGGCUAAUUUCAGUCCUGAUAUGCGAAUUGGUGUGGUUUCAACUAUUCAGUUUGUCGCAUCAGUUCAAGCUUUAGUUGAGCAGCUUAAGAAUGAAGGCUUCCAUUUGUUUUGUCCUCAAACAAAACCACUGUCUCCAGGCGAAACCCUAGGAUGUACGUCUCCAAGAUUCAGCGAUGAUUCGGACGCAAUUUUGUACGUUGGCGACGGUCGUUUCCAUCUGGAGGCGGCGAUGAUCGCGAACCACCGCCUAAAGGCGUACAAAUAUGAUCCAUACGACAAACAGCUUACAGAGGAACUUUAUAACUAUGAACAAAUGUUAUCUGUUCGCAAGGAUGCUGUUCAAAAAGCGGUUGAUGCAGGGACGUUUGGUAUAAUCCUUGGUACGCUUGGAAGACAGGGAUCUGUAAAGGUGUUUGAUGAGUUGGAGACGACGAUCCGAGCAAAAGGAAAGAUCCUGAUCCGUUUGUUGUUAAGCGAAAUAUUUCCACAAAAAUUGGAACUGUUUAGCGACGUUGGCGCCUGGGUGCAGACAUCAUGUCCUAGACUUUCCAUUGACUGGGGCCUCGCCUUUAAGACGCCAUUAUUAACGCCCUACGAACUCAAUGUCGUUCUGCAGAAGGUUGAGUGGCAGAAAAAUUAUCCGAUGGAUUUUUAUUCCCGCAACAGUCUUGGACCUUGGACACCAAAUUACAAACCGGAACCCCCUAAAGAGCAAAAACGCUCGGCACCACAAGUGAAAAGUCCUUGUGUUAAUUUUUGUACAGAUUGUGCCUGCAAAUAGUUGUUCACGAAGAAUGUAUUUUUUCAAUCUAGUAAAAACAGUAAAUACCAUCGAAAAUAAGUCUAUUAAUUAGGUCAAAUUUAUUUGAAAAUAAAAACAAGCAAAUUUAAAACGUCCAGCCUAUAGCUGGCUAGGCAUGUUAUUUAAAAGCGCUUUCUCGUUUUAAUCAGCUGGUCUGUGGUCGCGCCGACCAUGUUCGUCGAACAGCAAAUACUUGGUGAUUGUGUCAAGAUUGUCUUUGUAAGAGCUUGCUUAAAUGGUAAUAAAUAUUCUCCAAGGUAUUUAUUAGGUAUCUAUAGGAGAAUGAUUACUUUUGAAGUUAGAAAGAUAACAGCUGUGCUAUUAAAAUAUAAUGGACUUUUGCAGAUUUAUUUAUAAGUGCGAAACAUGUGGGCCUUACAUACGACAUUUUGCGUAUUGUGUCUUACGUGUGACAUUUUUCGCGACACGCUUUCUUUCAUCUUCGGUUUGGAAUAUUGAUAUUGUCCAAAAGGCACACGUUACUGAUAAUAUUUGCAAAACGAUUUUUAAUUAUGUAGGAAAUGAUCUAACUAGAUGCCAGAUCGAGUAUGCCAUUGAUUGUACUUACCUAGUGAAGGCAUGGGUGCUUUAUAUUUUAUCUACCAGGAAAAGGGAACCGCUAAAUUCAAUCAACUUUGCACACAGUUUCCUGAUAUAUCAUCAAAUGUACAAACGUGUAUUUCUGUGCAAAUUAUGUUGCGUGAACAAGUGUACGCAAAAUAUGCUUCAAAGCGAGACAGGUACGGCACUAGGGUCGCGUGCUGUUACAAAUAGAACAGGUCUGAGUGUUACCUCGAGUCACUAGAGAACAACAGCAACUGAGGGAAACAGAGUUACAGGUAAAUAAUAAACAGAUGCUUUGAAUUUAUUCGCAUUUUGAUAUUGCCGCGUUGCUCCAACGUUGUCCAAAGAGAUGACUUAUUAGUGGAAAUCAGCGUCCUUUGACCCUUGUAGUCUGCGCGAGUUAUUUGUAUGCAUUCCUAAUUUUGUUGGCAUCUAGACGAGAAGCUGCACGCCUUUGAGGACGCCGAACCAUCGUGAUGGUUCUGAUGAAUCUGAUGACAAUGGGAUCGAUUGACACUAAAAGAUUAAUCUUGAAAUAUCAUCCCAUAUUUCGGCAUAAGUACAAUACGACGUAGCAGAGCAUUUAGAGUACAUUUUCUAAGUAGUCAGUCGUUUCAUACACAGGGAAAAAGAAGUGAUAGUAAACCGUUUUUAUGAGUUAGUCAGCUUUACCUACGUUGUUUAUUUUUAAUAGUAAUAGCAUAAAGACAAUAUAUCUAUAAUACUUCGUUUUUAAUUUUCAAAUCGAUGCAUAUCGGUUACAUGUAUUUACAUAAGGUCCACCUAGCUUCACGUACGCCGUCACAUACUAUUUAUUAAUAAAGCAGUAUCGGUUCGUCGAGGAGAACUUCCUUCGGCUUUGAUGCGCGGCUAGUUGCUAUAGGUGUAGUAUAGAAAUGGAUGGGAGUUUUAUGCUUAAACGAUCCUCAUGAAUAGUGUAGCGUCAAGGAUGCAAACACAACGGAGCAUGUGCCACACUAUUAUAUAUUGUGUUUUGUAAUUAAAUUUAAAAAAAUAAAUAUUCUUUUUCUAAAUAAAAAUGUCAACACUUCGCCUUGAUUCUAAUA